UACCACUUUAGUUAUUUCUUCCCUCCUCUCAAUUUAGUAUACUUCUUCGUUACCUGACCUAUUACUGGGUCCAUUCUAGUUUGCGUUGGCCCAUCAACAUCCCCACCACCUCGUGCAAUUUCUAACUCUCUUUUGUGAGCAUCACCUAUAUAUCUCAUUAACUACCCGUACCCCUUACUUGCCUUGACAAAUAUUGCAUUGCACCUCACUAUCUGAUAUACGUUCAAAAAAUUGUAAUGCAAUAUUAGUUGUUUUACGAGGCGUUGGGGUUACUGGGUUUAGUUUUGCCCUUUGUAACUUCUGCUGCUCCUGUCUCUCGUAAACAAAAGAUUAAAUUGUUGAUUGUCAUUGGAAAAAGGUAGAAGUUAACCUUGCUAGCAGUGAAGAAUCUUGAGGUGCAGGUAAUAUAGACGAGCAGACUACAAGAUAGGCUGUUUUAUUCCAGAAGCUGAUUGAUCACAGAAAUGCCUCGUGCUCGUAACUCUGACAAAAAUGCUUCUAGCGCAGCCGUUGGGAAUUAUUCUUUAGCACAAGGAAGGACUAAGAGGGACCCAGCUCCGAAGAAGGGUCAACUAGUUAAGACGGCUCAGGUGCCUCAAGCUAGUCAAGUCGAGCAGGUGGUUCAUGAACCAGUGCCUCAGCCUAUGCCAACCACUAUUCCAGCUCAGAUCAUGAUGCCUCCAGAAAUAGGAAAAAUUUUAAUGCAGUUAAGGGAGCUAUGGAUAUGUUUAUAGAAUUCAUGUCAAGGGCAGAAGAGAGAUCAAGCUCCGUCAAGCACAGGUAGACGAGAUGGUUCUAUUUCUUCCAGGAUUAAGGAGUUUAUUAACCUGUAUCCUCCAGAGUUUUGUGGGACCAAGCCUGAGCAAGAUCCAUUGGUAUGGCUAGAAGAAGUUCAGAAAACUCUUCCUGUGAUAAAAAUGUCGGGGAAUGAUGCAGAUGAAUUGGCCUCAUAUCGACUCAAAGAUGUAGCAUACGCUUGGUUUGAAAUGUGGGAAAAACAAAGGAUCGAAGAUGAUGACCCUCCAACUUGGGAAGAGUUUACAGAGGCUUUUAUAGCUACUUUCAUACCAAACGAGGAUAGGGAAGCCAAUGCUACUAAUUUUAAGCUUUUGAGACAGGGAAACAUGAGCAUGCAAGAGUAUUAUAUGGAGUUCAUCAAGCUUGCCAAGUAUGCUAAACAUAUGAUCCCAAAUGAGAAAGCCAAGAUUCGCAGGUUUAUCAUCGGUUUAGGUGAUCACAUUCAGGAUACCACUGCAGCUGCAGUUGUGAGAAUGAAAUAUUUUGCAUCUGUGGUAGGUUUUGCAAAGAGCUUAGAAGAAAAGAAGCAUAAGAGAAGAGCUGAAAGAGAACAGAAUAAGAAGGCUCGAACAACAGAUGGGUUUAGCGGUCCUGUUAGUAGUGGAAAUAAAGGGUUUCUUAGUAGGGAAUUUUCAGAACCUACUUAGUCCGCACAUUAGUCAGGCGGUAGUUUUCCUAGCAGACAUAGCCAAGGUUAUGGGAACCAAUCCCGCCAGAAUCAAAACUUCAGAACUCCAGUCCCUCAAAGUCAUAGUAGUGUUGGCCAGCCAGCCAAUCAAAAGGUCACCUGUAGUACUUGUGGGAAGGGUCAUUCGGGUCAGUUCAAGAUUGGGAUGCAAGGUUAUUAUCAUUGUGGAGACAUAAGACACUAGAAAUAUACUUAGUCCUAAAUUGCCACUCAAUGUAAGUAGGGGAACAGUUUAUUCUUCGGGUUUUACAGUUGGCACUACUGCAAAUCCUACCCCAGAUUGCAAUCAUCAGAUUCAACCUGAACGUGGGGUAGGCAGAGGUUUAGGAUCUACUAUCCAGGGAGGGGGACAACUGUAACACCCCGCAUUUUUGGGCUAGAACGUAAACCGUCAUUUCUUGUCAUAAAGGUUACAAAAGCCAUAAAUCCAAUGAAAAUUUAGUGUGUUGA